AUGUCUGAGAAUCAAACACAGACCCAAACCCAGGAAGUCGACGUCCCGGCCGUGAAGGACACCGAGAAUGUAAUAGCUGACAAGAGGAAGCCAUUCUCCUGGCUCGAACCGCACCCUAUCUUCGUCAUCAUUCUCGUCGGCCCCGAGGAAGCUCCCUUUGGAAUCCAGAAAGAUUUCCUCUGCUCUCGAUCCGAGUUCUACGAAAAGCUCUUUUCCACCGCGGAACAAGAGGAGAAAAUUGAGCACAUUAUCAAGCUUCCGGAGACGACGAAGGAAGUUUUUGGUCUCGCCCAGCACUUUCUCUACACAGACAAAGUCAUUUCGGAUGAGUCUAACGUGCCAUCUUACGAGGCUCUUGUCGGUCUCUGGAAGUUGGGUCACAAACUCGGCAUCAAUGGGCUUUGUGACAAGGUUCUCAACGCCAUGAUCGAUUGCCGUCGCAUUACAGAGACGAUCCCGGCUACGCCACUUCUCAUUCAAGUAUGGAAAGACACACCUGAGGGCUCGUCAAUUCGGAAGCUGCUGCUCUCAUGGACUGCUGAGUAUAUGAGAUCUUCGGAUGCCAGAGCAGAGUUUGCCAAAUCACUCCCCCAAGAGGUUCUCAGUGAGCUUGUUGUUGCCAUGAGCUCCUUCGACACAAUCCCUACACCAGAAGAGCCACCUGCUACCGUCACUCUCCCAUCAGUGACGCCUCGAAAGAACGUCCAUUAUCUCGAAGAUGAGCCCGGGAAUGAAGCGAAGAGGAGUAGGCGUGUGAGUGGUAUCUCGAUCGGCACUACUGUGUCAGCGGAUCGAUCAAUCAAGGCUCGUGGCUCUCUGCCUAAGCCUGCGCCCAGACGUAGGACCAGCGCAGGUUUCACAGAAGGCAGGGACUUUACUACAUCACAGAAGCUCGAGUUCUGCGCCGACCUGCUCACUCGCAUGCUCUCUGGUCCUGGGUUCUGGACUAGACUUGUUGGCCCAUUCAAAGAUGCUGUCGAGCCAGUCGAGGAUGGCGUGCCAGACUACUUCGAAAAGGUCAAGCGACCUAUGGAUCUAAGCACGAUCAAGUUCAAGAUGGACCACAAGGAGUACAAUAACGAGGAAGAGUUCUUGACGGAUGUCCGUCAAAUCUUCGACAACUGUUUCACGUACUGGAAGAAGGGAGACCCUAUGUGGAUUGCAGGAGAGAAGCUUCAGAAGACAUUCGAGGACAAGUUUUCUCAUAUGAACAAGUGGAUCUCUAAGAUGGGUGGUGAUGAGGCUGAGUAG